GAUAAACGAAACGUCAAAAAUGUCAAUGUUUAUUUUUUAUUUAUGGUUAAAAUAAACUAAGAAAUAAACGAGUUUGUUAUAUGCAAAUGAUUCCCGUAUUUUUUAUAAGGAGUUACAAAUGUGAAAACUUCGGUUGGAAUUAAUAGAUAUUUAAAUUAUGAAAUGGUUACUCUUUUGAGUGAAAUUCAUUUCUGGACAACACAAGACGACGUUCUUGUUAAAAAUACAGAUUACGGUUCUUUUAAGUACUACAAUAAAAAAGAAGGAAAUGAUUUACUAUCCAGCCACAGUAAAAAGGAUUAUUGUGACAAGAGAGGUUUAUUAUGGUACUUACCGAAUAAAAGACCACACAAACUAAAAGAAAAAUUAAAAGAAUUGGAAGACCAUUUAAUCCACAGUAAAAUAGUCUCCUUUAAUUUCGAAGACACUAACUUAAUCCUCCUACUAUCAACGGGGUUAUUAGUCACUUUAACCAUAAGUGCAGCUACAGGUGAUCUAACGAACAUUGUGUUCGAUAAACAGCUAUCAGCCAAGCUCCAGGCCAACAUUAUAUGCGACGGGGCAAUUUUCAGUAACCACAUUAUUUGCAUUUGCAAUGAUGGCCACGUCGUGGGUUACGGAGGCCAGUGGAAGGAUGGCUGGGUGCUGGAAGGUGGCCCCCGAAAAAGGCUGAAUUAUUACGGUGAAUGGCUGGCUGUGUGGGGCAAAGCGGGGGCUGAACAUCCUCAACCUUGGAGUCCCCUAGCUAAAGACCAUCAAAGAGCUAAUUUGCACCUAUAUUGGAUACAUUCUGGUGACCCAGAAUUGUUAUCUUAUAAGAAAACCGAUGCCGAGCCGCUAGAAGUAAUUGUCAGUAAAUUUAAAGCUAGAACAUUAAUAGUGAUUGAGCAAAAAGUGACACAAAGAGGUGCGGUCUCGGUGGAAGUGGGCAAUUUAGAAUUAGUGGGUGCGAAUUUAAAAAGAAUAUCGGUCACAUCAGUACCACUUCAGACUCAAGUAAGCUGUUUGUCUUUGAGUAAAAACGAAGAAAGAUUAUUAAUUUGCUGCAUAGAUGGUUCGUUAGCUCUAUUAGACCGAAUCAGAGGUACCACCCGAACGAUAAAAGCCAGUUUCAUUCCGACUCUGCUCGACUGGCAUCCAGAUGGUGCUGUGGUUGCUGUAGCAAGUGAUAGAGGCCAGUUGCAAUAUUACGACACUGCUUUGAAUUGUGUUAAAAGCCAAUUUUUAAACGAAGAUUGUCUACCUUCGGCGAUUGUAAAUCUAUCGUCUUAUUUUAACUUGCAUUUCAGUAUAUCUUCCAUAUAUUGGACCAGCAAAGAUUUGAUUAUAGCUUUUGAACAAGGUCCAAUAGCUUUGAUUACGCAUGUAAAUAAGUCGCUGAAUUUCAACGCUUUCGUUCUAAACUAUUUGAGUUUAGGAAAAGUUGAUAAAGCUAUAAAAUUGUUGCUGUCGUGGGAAUUUAAAGAGGACAGUUUUUUUGCGCUACAAAAAAUAGUAGUGCAUUUGCUGCGGCAUCAACUCAACGAAGAUGUAGCUAAACAUUUGCAAAAUGCUUUAGGUUGUUAUUAUAACAGCCCCGUGCCUAUUAGGUCGUAUAUUAGGCAUAAAUAUGAGAAUCAAGUUGUUUCUUUGACGAGGCGAUUCUUCCAUCAAUUAGUCCGAUCGGAUAUGUUCGAAACAGCGUUUUUAUUAGCAGUAGAUGUGGGUCAUCACGAUUUAUUCAUGGAUUUGCAUUACGUGGCUGUUAAAAUAGGCGAAACCGAGAUGGCAGCUGCGGCUAGAGCUCAAGCCUCGGCUCUUUUGAGUAGAUGCUCAAGCGAAGCGUCUAAUUGUUCGCGUUCGUCUUGCUCACAAUGUACAGAAUCGGGCAGCAGCACCAGUGAAGAGAGCUCGUUUGAAAAUCAAUCUGAUACUCGAGACAAUUCGAGCACGAAACCACCAUCUUAUGUACCUCCUCUUCCUCUUAACUCUGAUAAUUGCCUAACAACUAAUUUUAAUCAACCGAAUCCCACUACGUAUAAACCACCUGUGAUCCACGCUUCCAUUCCUAAUACAUCUUACAUAAAUGAUUGUUUUCGAUACAAUUACACUCCAAGGGCUACUUAUGUUAAGGCGCCUCAAGUACCAACUAACUUUACAAAAAUCGUCCUGCCUCCUCCUUUACCUUCGAUGAAUAGUAACAGCAAACCGUUUAUGCAAAGUGCUGCGUUUGGCGAGAAUUUCAAUCUGAACCCGAUCGUUAGUAACGCUUUCUCCUUAAACGGCAGCGUAUUCAGCAAUGCUACCAUACAAACUACAUCGUUUAUGACGAGCACCAAGUUUACCAAUCCUCAAGUAUCCGAUAUUGCAUCGUCUUCGAAUAAUAAUUCAAAGAAACUCACUCGUUCGAGUCCCACUAAUAGAAAAGUUGUGACACCUCCUUUACCUCGAGUGUGUCCAAUCGUGAACUCCGAAGAUCUCAUAUCGUUUAACAUGGGAUCAGCGACCGUGGCUGGCAGCUCGCCUGCUACUAGUUGCAGCUACACCAACAGCAAUUUCGUUAAUAAUAACAAAAAGCACCAGCCUAAGGUGAAGUUUUCGGAUACCGUUACUGCUUUUAUCGUACCUGAGAUUAAAAGGCCGCAACGGCCGGUGCCUUCGCCUCAUGUCACCGAUCCUCAGAAGGAAUUGGCGGACAGCCUGCCGCUUUGUCACCCUAAUGAGGAUUAUUUGAAGGAUUUUACGCCGGUUAAAAAGGAGGACGGGAAUGAGGAGGGAAACAACGAGAAGCCUAAAAUUAAAGUUAUUCAUUUCGGAGUGGUCUGAUGAGGUUUUGGAUCAGAAGGGGUUGGAAGGAGCGGGAUGAGGAGCAGGAGCUCUUAUAGGAAAAUGGGAUGUUUGUAUUAUUUUUUCAUUCGUCUUUAUAUUUUUAUUAUUUUACAUUUAUAUAAAAUAUAAUUAAUACUCCCUUAUAUAAUACUCUGAACAUUUAAAGCAAUAGUAAAAUCUUCAGGUUAAUUGACAUUUGCG